UACCACAAUUUAUUUGAGACAUAAUUUUUUAUCGUAUUAUUUUAAAGACUUGUUUUUCUUUUUACUUUUCUUAAUUCCAUACCUAAUAGUUUUAUGCUUUGCUUCUUAUUCUUGCACCAGCCAAUGUUUCGUAGUCAGAUCUUCGUCUGCGGUACUAUAAAGAGUCCCUAGCACUAAGAGUAAGAGGGUACUGGGGACUUUUAUCAGUUGUUGGAAAUGCCUCCAAAAGCACCAGUAAAAAAGCCUGCACCCAAGGCAGCAGUGAAACCAGCAGCAAAGGGUGGGGCUGGUGCAAAGCCUGCUGCUGGUAAAGCUGCCCCAGCAAAGAAAGGUGCUCCACCUGCCAAAGGGAAGGCAGCCAAUGCCACAACUAAGGGUGCAGCCACAGAAGCCCCAAAGAAGAAAGUCUGGACUAAGGAGGAUGAUGCUGCACGUAAAAUUCAAACCAAGAUACGCCAGUACCUUGCUAAAAAAGUGUUACAGAAGAAAAAACAGGAAAAAAAAGAUUAUGAAGAACUCAUGGAAAAACUGGAGAAAGAGGCCUUUGUUAAAAUGGUGAAAAUGGAACAAGAGCAGUAUGAAAAAGAGAGGCAGCAACAAGAGGAAGAAAGGAGAAGAAAAGCAGAAGAAAGAAAAAGAAUUAAACGAAUGUUGGAAGCUGCUUUUGAGGGUGACAAAGAUGAAGUUCUUACUGUGUUGAAGGAAGUUGCCGAUUUAGACAACAAGAAUGGGAUUGGAAAUGAUGUAAUUGGACGUGGGUUGCGACAGAAGCAUGAGUUAGCCAUCGUUGAAUGUGAAGAUGCCAAUAAUAACACUCCGUUGUCAGAGGCAGCAAGCGGUGGCAAUGUGGACACCAUCAAGCUGUUGCUAGAACGUGGAGCAGACGUCAAUUCCAGGGGUCAGUUUGACAGGACACCACUCUACAGAGCUGCUUUUGCAGGGCAUUUGGAGGCCUGUGAGGUAUUACUACAACAUGGAGCUGAUCCCAGACUUUAUGCUAAUGAUGGCUCAACUCCUGAAUCGAUUGCAUCUAUAGCACCAAUAGUUGAGUUGCUGGGAUCCUGGGAUAUCUCUCAGACAGAAAACAUCCUUGUUAAACUGGAGACUGAAAAGGAGAAGAGAGCUGAAAUAGAGAGACAGAGAAAGGCAGCAGAGACAUCCAAAAUUGAAGAACAAAUUAAAGAGGCAGAGAAAGAAUAUGAUAUUGCACAAAAAACUCUUAAUAAAGAAUAUUGUGAAAUGAACAAAAGGAUCACAGAGCAUGACAAAGCUGUUACUGAAGGAUUUGCAAAGACAGAUAUUACUUUACAGAUGAUCCAUGAUUCUGAAGCAGAUGUGGAGGUUGCAAAAAUCAACUGUGAAAAAGCUAGAGAGAAAUUAGCUCAACUAAAACUGAAGUUAAGAGAGAAAGAAAAAGAGGGGAUGGCAGAAGAGGAUUUGCCUGGCAUAAAGGUGAACAUCAAGGAGUUAGACGAUGUGCUCCUCAGGGAUGUAGGCAAUAAAAUCAAAGAAUCUGGCAAGUGGCCUUUGUUGAUUGACCCCUCAUCUCAGGCGGCGACGUUCCUGAGGUACAGGGACACCAACUACUUGAAUGCCUUGAAUCCUGCACAGAUGGAACCUGAAAAAGUCAGGCUAGCAGUUCUUGGUUCAGUCAGGUACGGGAAGUCUCUUGUCCUGGACAUGAUGGAGGUAGAUAUGUUUGACACUGUAUCUGACAGAUUUGAUGAAGUACACAAAGGCCUGAUGAAUAUGAUCAUGGACAAAAGUCUACUGAAGGAUGAGGCAUACACAUGCCUGCUGAGGAAGGGUGAUCCCCAAGAAUAUGACAAGAAUAAAUUUAUAGAAAAUAGAGUGCAGAACUUCAAGUUUGUGAUUAUUACAAAGAACCCUCUUCCACCAGCUGAACUCUUAGAGAGAACAUAUGCAAUAAGAAUACACAUCAAUACCAUGUGAUACGUGCAGAAUUGUUGACUCAUUUUUUGUGAAAAAUAAGAUUUUAAUAAGGCCAGACAAAAUUUAUAAGAUGGUUUAUGAAUAUGGCCAAUCCUAAUUUUGAGGUAAUGUAAUGCACCUGACCUUCAAAUUUAACUGCUUUGCCAGUUAAACAUCAUAUUUUUUUUUUAAUAAAAACAAGUUCUUUCUAUCGACCCUAUAUUUGUAGACUACUGUAGUUUGUGUCCUUUGUACGGAAAGUUGUCCCAGGUUAACAAAGUUUGUACAUGGCUUAAGCAUCCCUCUCUUAACAAAAGAUCAAAAUCUUAACCUGUAAGUCUAAGACUGGGUUCUCAUACUUAGAUCGAUCCAUCUGGAUUGACCUAACUCCCUGGGGGUUCCCGCU